AUGCAGUUGCCAUUCUUCCUUAAGAAGCCCGCCGUGGCCAUCAUUGGCGAUACGUGUUAUACGUCCUUGAUUGAAGAUUUUAACUACCGCGAUGUCCCUUGCAUCAAGUAUGCCAUCUCAAAGGGUCUAGGGUUUGGAAUUGUUGCAGGAGGUGCCAUCGUCAAGGUGCCACAGAUCAUCAAGAUCAUUAGCGCUCGCUCUGCUGUCGGUGUCUCACUCUCUUCCUACAUGCUCGAGACCCUUGCCUGUGUGAUCUCACUUGCCUACAAUAUCCGUCAGAACAACCCCCUUUCCACCUAUGGCGGACAUUCUUCGUCACAAUUCAGAACUUGGCUAUCUUGGAACACCACAGCUUUUGUCGUUCUCUCCUCUUUCCUGUUCUUGGGAAACAUUCUUGGUGCAUUGGCCUUUUUGCAGGCUGCCACUAUCCCCAUCAAUUUGUUCUCGAAGGUACCUCAGAUCAUUGAAAACUACAAGAACGGAAGUACAGGACAACUCGCAGCAUUCACUGUCUUUAAUUACUUUGCAGGAUCUCUUGCCAGAGUCUACACUACAUUUGACAGAAGUAGAUGA